AUGUCAAAAUCAAUUUAUAUGUCCACCAUUGUGGCAUCAGAGCGACCCUCGAACGGAAAAUCGUUCUUUGCUGAUCAAACAACCACGGCACCAACUCCGAAACCAGAGGAAAGCCUGGUCGAUAAGAAGAAAACCAACCCAACAGGCUUGGGUGGCGAACCGCAACACAAAGAAAACUCUGGUGAAUCCACUGCCGUCAAACUGUUAUCUGAAAAGCCAUUGGUCACGUCUCCCUCAUCGGAUGAUGAGAAAGAGAAAAAAACUGCAGAAGGGAAAGUUCCGAUUGAACCAAAAGGCGAUUCACUGGCAUCGAGAUUAUCGUCUGCCGGAAAAGAAGAUCCUCUUCCGAAGAAGCCUCCAACAGAAGGCUUUCCCCCAAAGCCGACUGACGAUCCAAAGGCACCAAAAGAUCCCAAAACAGCCGGAGAAAAAAUCAAAUCAGACGAGUCAAAGGCGCCAAUAGAACCUAAGCCGAAGGAAGCUGUUCCGGGGAAAAAGGAUGGCGGUGAAGGAAGCAAGAAACCUGAUGUAACGGAGGUCAAUAAGGGGCAAUUAGGAAAAGAUCCAAAAGUAGAGCCCCCUAAACCAAAAGAGACAAGUUUAUUGGAAAAAGAUCUCAAGCCGCUAUCAGAAAAACCCACCUCCAAAGACGAAACUCAAGAAUCACCUGUACUUCUUUCACUGGGACAAAAGACAGAGGAUGAAACGAAAGAACCAGAAUUUCAAGCUGGUCUUGCCGAAAAGAAAAUGGGAACAGAUAAGGAUUCUCGUCCACAGAAUGAUGCAGAAGGGGUUAACAAAAAGAAGAAGGCGGAUGGUCAAGGAAAAGAGACUCCGAAGGAAGACUCCGAAAUCAAACCACCAACUUCACUUCCAACAGUCGAUUCUGCAAAGGAUUUGGGGCCAGAGCCCGCUCCAAAGGCUCCGCCUCCCUUGCCUCCAAAAUCAACUGUACCUCCACCUCCUCCACUCGGAAAAGGAACAGCUGAACCCGACCCCCCAGUCACAAAAGACAGUUUUCCCGAGGCACAAUCCAUGCGAUUGGCUGGAAAUACAGCAAACACUUUGAGUGUCGUCAAAGAGGGCUCUACCUCAACAGCUAACCAGGAUUCCGGAGGUCCUAAAGACAAAGAAGGAGAAGACAAAAGCAUGAGCAAAUUGAUUUACAUCGGCGCUGGGGGAGUCGGGUUGCUCAUCUUACUUGUGAUUAUCAUAAUUUUUGCAAGAAAGAAGCAGAAGAAAGAAAAACAGUCACCCGAUGGAGAAAAGUCUUGGGGAGUUCAGUCUGAGGUCCCUAUUGAAUUUGGAUCUGGUCAAGGGGCAAGCCAAAUCACGACACCAUUAUCACCACCAAUGAGUUUGAAUGGAAAGAGCCAACGGGGUAUUCCUGUGGCCCUUCCCACGCCAAGAGGAGAUGAAGAUCUGUCGGGAGGAAAGUCAUUCAGUCGACAACUCAGGUAUAGUAAUGGCUCCGAAAGGAAUAAUUCCACUCGCUACGAAAGUGAUUACGGGAGAGAUGUUUAUGGCCAAGAUUCAUUCUCAGCCUACAACGAAAGCGAUUUCUAUGAUAACAGUAGAUAUAAGGGAAGCCGUGAUCCUGAACCACGCGGAAGAGUGGACUCAUUUCCCAUUCAAAGAUCAACGGGUCAAAUGUCACCUAGGUCAGAAAGGGGCAGGUUUCCAUAUAACAGAAGAUAGUUGAUCAAAGUAUUGAAAGUAACAGACCAGCCAAAAUACAAUAUAUUUUACCCUCAGAUUGAGUAAUCUACUCUCAG